GGGUUUUGUUUCGUUCAAAUAUGAGCACGUGCGCAUUUGCUCACUGCAGAUAAAAUAACACAGUGAUAUCUUGUACGAUAUGAAUGAGAAUUGCAUCUAUUUCUGCGGGAGUAUAAGAGGCGGUCGUGAUGACGCCGAAAUAUAUCGGCAGCUUAUUUCUCAUCUGCAAACUUAUGGCAAAGUUUUAACGGAACACAUUGGCAGUACUGAAGUAAACGAAAAGGGGAUAAUCAAAGAGGACGUUGGAAGAACCGAUAAGGAAAUACAUGAUCGGGAUAUUGAGUGGUUGGAAUAUGCCAAAGUUGUCGUGGCUGAGGUGACCCAACCAUCGUUGGGAGUGGGAUAUGAACUUGGAAGAGCCGUUGCCAUGGGGAAACAGAUUCUCUGUCUUUUCCGACCUUCUCCAGAUAAAAGAUUGUCAGCAAUGAUAGAAGGGGCAAAAAAUGGCGACAAUUUUCGAGUGGUUCAUUAUAACAAUGUUGAAGAUGGCUGUCUUGCAAUUUCAAGCUACAUGAAAAGUUUAUGCAAUGUUUGAGUAGUUUCUACUCUACCACCAUAUUGGGGCAUCAACCAUUCAACACCUUGCUACUUAACUGCCAAGUUUGUCACAUAUUAAAAAUAAUUUUUCACUUCAG